GGGGAAGUCAGCAUGUGCAAAGGGUGGCAGUGAGGUGUCCGAGUGGAUUGCCAAGUGCUUCCCUGCAAUAUCCUUUGAGAAAUCUCAUCGGGAAAUCUCUCCCUGCGAUGAUUGCGUCACACGUUUGAAGACCUUUGCUGCUUUUGUGGACACUGUGACGCAGUACCAGAGGGAUAAGCUGAAGAUUCCCCAGGAUAAAAUGUCCCAGGAACGACAGAAAGGUGUUAAGAUUAAGCAGGAAGUUAUGGUGAAGGAAGAGAUGAAUCCGCAAGUUGCAAAUGAGCUGCGUGAAGCAUUUUCCGAGCCACAUUUUGAGGAAGUUCCCACACAGGCCACCGACAAGACUUCCUGUGAUCAGUACCUCGAUGAAAUCUUCAACUGCGUGCAGCCGGAUGAGGUGGAAAAUUGCGAAAUAAUGGAAAUUAGUGAUUUGGAGAAAGUUUUCAUUGAUAUUGCCGAAGAAACUUCCGAUACGGAGGUGAAGAUCCCACCAAAGAAUCGUAUUGAGAUCAUCAGUUCAAUCUCAGUGAAGAGUGAACUGAAACCCGAAGGAUGGAUCACGGAUUUGGCACCAAUUCCCGCUUUUCCAUUGCACGUGGAUCACUCGUAUGCUAAAUCCCCAUUUAGCAUUGAUAAUCGCUGCAAAAUGGAGAAGCUGGAUGGGAAUCCUGCGGAGAAGACGUCAACCAGCACGCCCAGGAUAAAUAUAAUAAAGAAUCUCGUCCUGCCGCACAGAUGCGACAAGUGUCCAGCGCAUUUUGACACCCUAACAGCCCUCAGUGAUCACAAGAUUGGGCAUCAUGCUCCCUGGAAGAAGCCCAGUUGUGUGAUUUGUGGGGAAUUCUUUGACACAGUCAAGGAUUGCCUGGCGCACAGAUUUAAGCUUCAUCACAAAAUUGCAGAGAGGAAGCUGCUGAAUCGACGUGCAAAAUGCCGCAACUGUGGUCAAUACUUUCCCAGUGAACUCGUCCAUAACCACCAUCAGCGCUUCCUCUGUGAACGCAGGAAGGAACCCACAUUCCCUUGUCCCAAAUGCCAGCAGGAAUUCCCAAAGCUACUCGAACUACGCAAGCACACCCUGGAGAAUCAUCCGGAAAUCUUCCACAAUCGCCGUGUACCGAAGAUUCGUGAUGAUGGGCAUUUCCGGUGUGAUGCUUGUGACAGAAAUUUCGGCACUAAAGCCAAUCUUCAGCGACAUCAACGACAGCAUCGUCCCAAAGUGUUAUGGGAUAAGAAAUGCGACGAUUGUGGGCAGAUAUUUGAUAAAAUUCGCGAUCUUCGACGUCAUGUAAAUGCCUCACCGCGCUGCUCGCACUUCCAGCCGAAUCUCAAAGCGGCAGAAACGGAGAAUCUCCUGCAGUUCAUGUGCUCUGUGUGCGGGAGACAAUUCUCCACACCGAAUGGCCUGAAAUUGCAUGAAAACUCCCACCAGGCACAAACUACAAAACCCAGUUCGUGUGAAAUAUGCGGGAAAAAAUUCCAACGAUCAAAUCUCCUGUGGCAACAUCGAAUAUCCCACACGGAAGCACGAAAAUUUGUCUGCAGACUCUGCCCGAAGGUCUUCAAGCGUGCCAAUGGGCUUCAUCAGCACAUCCAGGGAUUCCAUUUGAAGCUACGGCCGCAUGUGUGCGCAGUCUGCAACCGUGGCUAUGCCCUCAAAGGUGACAUGAAGCGAUGCAGACAUUCCUGGCUGAAGAUGGAGUGAAAAUUGAUGCCAUUGCUAGUGCUGAAAGUGUGAGAAUUGCACCAUCACUUAGGAGCCAAAAGGGAGCAAUUUGGACCAAGAGUAAAACAACAUUCGACUGGUGGGAUGUUGAAAUUGUUUUCCGGGUAUCAGGAAGAGGAAGAGUUGGUGCUGAUGGGCUGGCUUUCUGGUACACCACCGAGAAGGGAGACUACAAUGGGGAUGUCUUUGGGUCAUCUGAUCGCUGGUCAGGUCUUGGGCUCUUCUUUGACUCCUUCGACAAUGAUAACAAGCACAAUAAUCCCUACAUCAUGGCAGUCCUCAAUGAUGGUACAAAGAAGUUUGAUCAUCAAAAUGAUGGGACAACGCAGCUACUUUCCGGAUGCUUGAGGGAUUUCCGCAAUAAGCCCUUCCCGACGCGUGCACGCAUUGAAUACUACAACAAUGUCCUCACGGUACUCUUCCACAAUGGCAUGACGAAUAACAAUGAGGACUACGAGAUGUGUCUUCGCGCCGAGGGGGUUCAACUCCCAAAAGCUGGCUACUUUGGUCUGUCGGCAGCUACGGGUGGCUUGGCGGAUGAUCAUGAUGUCUUCCACUUCCUCACGACAUCUCUCCAUCCCGCCGGGCAGGAUCCGCAGCAGCCAUCCGACGAAGCUGAUCGUCUGUCCAAGGAGUACCUGGAGUACCAGAAGAAAUUGGAGCAGCAAAAGGAGGAUUACCGGCGUGAGCAUCCCGAUAAGGCGCCCAAAGAGGAGCUCGAUGAUUGGUUUGAGAGUGACAAUCAGCGGGAAUUGCGACAAAUCUGGCAAGCACAGAGUGGCAUGACGGAGGUGAUUCGGGAUCUUUCCCGGAAAAUGGAUGAGGUCAUUGGACGGCAGGAACGUACUCUUGGUCUUCUAUCCGUUGGCGGUGGUGGUGCCCCGCAUCAGGGAACAGGAGCUCCCGCCCAGGGAGGUGCAAUGCAACCAGCUGCUGUCAUUUCGCGCCACGAAGUUGAAGCUCUCCUGCAGAAUAACAACUACAUCGCUCAAACAUCCAAGGAGAUUCGUCAAAUUAUCGGAGAUCUUGCCAUGCGUACCGAUACCAUCUUGCAAAAUCAGGCACGUCAACCCACGGCUCAGGUUCAAGCGUCUGGCUACGAGACGCAGGGAUUGUUGAAUGAAAUGCGCGAAUCCAUGAAUAAUGUUAAACAAGGAUUGGCGCAAAUUGGGCAUACGCUCAGUACGAAGGAUGGUGGAGGUGCUGGAUGUCCAACAAGUAAUUGUCUGGGACUCACAACUUUCCUCGUCAUCACCGUCAUUCAGCUCAGUUUGGUGUUCUGCUACAGUUUGUUCAGAGAUUCGCGGGAGGCAAAGGCAAAGAAGUUCUACUAAUUGAUGAAAUUGAUUCCUACGAAAGACUUCAUGAAGCAGUGAGACGGAGAUGAAUUUCUAAAAUUCAAUCCCAUUUUUUUGAUACUUAAAAGAGCAGACAGAGGAGAGAGAUGAGCGCAUUUUUUGAAGAUACACACCACCAUUAAAAAAAACUUUUCGAGACUUUUCAUUCCACGUGAGGAAAAUAGUUAAAAAAAAUAAAUAAAAAGAAGCAGCAAAGGGAGGAUGUAAAUAAAUAAUUUGUAUUUUAAUUCAAAAGUAA